GGUUCGAACAUUUCUAAGUUGUAACUUCCUCUCCUUCACGCAGUCACGAAUCUAAUCAUCUACACAACUCCGGUUCCUUCCUCGCUAUUCUCCGCCACAUACACUUUAAUUAUUCCCUUACUCUUACUCAUACCAAAUCCCACCUGAUUUCUCAAACCAAAAUUCAGGGGGCUACCAUAUAAAUUUUAUUCCCCAUGAGCGACAUCUCUCCACCCCUCAUUUUCUUCCCAUUAUAACGCUUCUCUAUCAUCAUCUGACCCCAUAUCUUUCACGAUGUUGUUACGACUACGAGGGCCGGAUGGCAUGAUCCGGAUCAAUAUCGAGAAGACCGAUACCUUCGCAGAGCUUGGUAAUAGACUCGUGCCGCAAUUGCCACCAACCGUCGACCCCAAUAGUAUCUCCAUGUCCCCAGACCCCCAAGCCAAAGACUCCAAGAAACUAGUAGAUAUCGCGAAAUACAAACUGUCCCAGAUAGGUUUAAAUCACGGGGACUUAAUCUUCAUCGCCUACCAACACCAAAACGCUGCCAACGGCCACGCUAACGGCGCGCCCGCACCAUCCACCACCAUCUCAUCGACGAAUAGAUUAAAUGGCAAACCUAUAUUACCCACAGAAGAUCUUCCGGUCGACCCGCCGUCGUUAACAUCUCCUACGCAAAUCAUCAAGAACCCUUGGGAGACAGUAAGACAGUCCGCACUAGAUGAUCGGUUAGACAAGCAGGAUGGAAAGAUUCCUCGAGGUCGAGAUCGAAUGUGCAAGCACGGUCCCAAAGGCAUGUGCGACUACUGCAUGCCCCUCGACCCUUUUAACCCCCAAUACCUCACCGAUAAGAAGAUCAAGUACCUAUCCUUCCACUCUUAUCUUCGAAAGAUUAAUUCGGCCACCAAUAAACCCGAGUUGGGAAGUUCUUUCAUUCCGCCGCUUAAGGAACCGUUUUUCAGAGUGAAGAGGGACUGCCCGUCAGGACAUCCUCAGUGGCCUGAGGGUAUUUGUACAAAAUGCCAACCUAGCGCUAUCACCCUACAGCCGCAGACCUUCCGUAUGGUCGAUCAUGUCGAGUUCGCCUCAUUCGAGCUCGUUAACUCCUUCAUUGACGCGUGGCGAAGAACCGGUGCGCAACGAAUUGGUUACCUGUAUGGUCGCUACGCAGAAUACUCCGAAGUACCGCUGGGCGUUAAAGCGAUCGUCGAGGCUAUAUACGAGGUACCUCAAGUAGAUGAAGUUGAUGGAGUGUCAUUAAACUCCUGGGGAGAUGAGGCGGCUGUGAAUGACGUGGCCAAGUUAUGUGGACUGCAGCAAGUUGGGGUUAUAUUUACCGAUUUACUUGAUGCAGGUACCGGCGAUGGAAAGGUCGUUUGCAAGCGACAUGCCGACUCAUACUACCUUAGCUCUCUUGAGGUUUGCUUCGCCGCCCGGUUACAGGCUCAACACCCUAAGCCUACCAAGUGGAGCGAUACAGGGAGGUUCGGCUCUAACUUCGUCACAUGUAUCAUUUCGGGUGACGAAACAGGCCAGAUCGCGAUUUCAUCUUACCAAGUCUCGAAUGACGCUGUAGAAAUGGUACGAGCGGACCUUGUUGAGCCAUCAGCUGAUCCCAACGUCAUGCUCGUACGGGAAGAGGAGGAAGACGAUGGCUCUACGAGUCGGACACGAUAUAUUCCCGAGGUGUUCUAUCGAAAAAUCAAUGAGUACGGCGCGAACGUACAGGAAAAUGCUAAGCCAUCUUUCCCGGUUGAGUAUCUCUUCGUCACAUUAACACACGGUUUCCCUGCUGAGCCGAAACCUAUCUUCAACACCCCCAACUUCCCCAUCGAGAACCGUGAGGCUAUGGGCGAGAAUCAGCAAUUCAAGUCAGUUGCAAAAGCACUCGACACCAGUGGUGGCAAUCAACUUGGAUCCCUUUCCGAUUUCCAUCUUCUCAACUUCAUACAUGGAACAAGCAUACUAUCCAAGGAAGAGGAAGCCCUGCUCUGUCGAGCAGCAACCACACACGACCUUGCAGAUACGUAUCAGCUUUUCUCGAUGCCGGGUUGGCAAACUUUAGAAGCCAUCUUAACUGAAACUGGUGAGAAACUCCCUACAAGAAAGCGCCCUCGUCGUUCAAGUGGCGAGGGGGGCCAAGCGAACGGCGGAGCGUCCUCAACGGCAAAAUCAUCCUCGUCCGCUUCUGCUGCCGCUGUUGAUACUGCUGCCGCCGCCCGCUCCCAAAAAUCCGGUGAACCGCUUACUAAGCGUCUUGCUGCCGUUAGGCUAAACGAGCGAAACGAGAACCGACCCACCUUCAACCGCGCCAAGUUCGAGGAUAUAUGAUUUGGAAUGGAAAACUCGAAAAAAUAUCAAGCAACACGGAUGAGACGGAAAUGAGAAAGGCAGGUUACACGAGAAGGUGGGGUUUGUGUUUCACGGACGGAAUUUUAUACCUAUAGAUGAGAUAGGCAAUAGGUUCAUGUAUUCAUUCGAUUCGACGCGAAUGCUAGCCAACAGCCUACCAACGCAGCAGGUGGGCGAUAGAGGGAUAAAAAAAGGAUUUCUCUUCACUUUUUUCCGUCGGAUACAUAGGUGCUUUACCAUACAUACUACGUAUUGAGCCAGAAGAUAAGCCUCCGGAGUUAUUUUUGACGUUCGGCUUUUGCCGACGUAGAGGAAGAGAGAAGAGAAAUACGCAUUUCUCGUGCGUGUGUAAAGGAGGAGAGGGGAAAAAAGAGGGUGGGCAUAUAGCUGGCUGCAGGACGGUGAUACAAUAACUCCUUAUUUUCACCGUCGAUCUUUGCUCAACUGAUAAAUGGCAGCCCGCUUCGAAUCAUAUAACCGCAUGCAUGAGCUGGCAGUACAUGCCUAGGUACAUUUGCUUUUGCGACUUGCGCUGCCAAGAUUUUACAAGUUUUCUCUUCUGCUAGAUGCGUUAAAUAUUAAGGUAGAUCUAGUAAGCAUUAUAAUAUUCAUUGAAAUCACCAAGUACGAU